AUGGGAGAGAAGGAAGAUAAGGAGAAGGCAGAGAAACUUGCAGCCGCAAAGAAACGGGUAGCUCAGUUGCAGAAAGCGAAGAAAAAGGCUGGUGGAGGAGCUACUAGUGGCGAGAAAUCUACCAAACAGAAGAGCAAGGAUGAAGAACUGAAGUCACCAGCCAAACAGUCAACCGCAGAGGACGCGCCGAUUGGAUCAGAAAGGCUACAGCACAACCAGCAGACAGAGCAGGAUGAAGAUAUCCUAAAACACGAUCAAGACGAGGCUACUCUUCUCGAUGCCAUUGCGGCGGCGCAAGCUGCUCCAUCUGCGCCAGAAACCAUCACCUCACCAGAUCCAUCUACCACAGAAGAAGGGUACCCAGAUCCUUCAAUAGAGGAUUCAAUAACAAGUCCAAAGACGAGGGGAGGCUUACAUGAACGCCAGCCUUCAUUAUCCAUCCAGUCAAAGAUGCGGAGCGACUCUUUUCGGAGAACAUCCGCCGCUGGACCACUAUCCCCUGGCCCUACGUCUGGCUCUUUACCAGCAUUGGCGCCAGAUGGCGAAACCAUGAACGAUAUAUAUCGCAAGCAAGCUGUACGUCUAGAAGAAUUGGAAAGGGACAAUAAAAGGCUCGAGAAAGAGGCGAAGGAUGGAGAGGCACGCUGGAGAAGAAGCGAAGAGGAGCUUGAAGAGUUACGCGAGGCAUCUGGAGAAGCUUCUGCACUUAAAACACAAGCCAAAAAAGCGGAAGAAGCACAAUCCGUUAUUGCGGAGCUGAAAGCUGAGAUCGCUACCCUACACAGGCAGGCCCAGCAACGAGGUCAUUCUCACUCAAUUUCCAAGCCUAUUCGAUCGCCUAGCAUGCCAAGUACGGGCGGUUUCACCGGAUCUCCUGACAGCCUCAGGAGAGAACUAGAAAGCAAAGACUCUACAAUAGCGGACAUGGAGCUCGAGAUUUCUAGACUGCGCAGCGAGCUGUCCACCAAGACCAGUAGCUGUGAGACUCAUGGUAGUCAGAUUUCCGCACUGCAGGAAACUUUAGCAUCAACUCAAAACAAGUUAAGAAAUGUUGAAGGAGAACUAGCAGACUCAAAGAAAGCCCUUACGAGAGCGAGCGAAAAGGCCGUCAAGGAAGGCGUAGAGAAGACUAGCUCAGCUGUAAAGAUCAAAAAUCUGGAGCGUGAACUUACACAGGUGUCUGCAGCUAGGGACGAGAUCAUGAAGAAAGCCGAAAAUCUGGAAAAGAAGAUCGAAACCAUGAACAAGCUGCACAGAGAGGCUGAGGCAAGGAAUGCCUCGAAGCUUGCGGUGGCGGAAUCGCAAGGAAGAGAGGCUGGAAUACUCAAGGCUCGACUCGCCGCAGCAGAGAACGAGAAUCUCAAACUUCGUGAAGAAAGGGAUAGACGGAAGAAGCGUGAGGUAUCUGGCGCCGAUGACGAGGGCCUCGACGAGCUGGAAGACGAGGAACGGGUUCGAUUGGAGCGUCGUGUCCGAGAACUGGAAAGUGAGAUAUUUGACCUCAAGCGAGGUGUCUGGCGGGAACGGAGGCAGGAGAUGCAACCAAAUCCAGAAUCGGUGGUCGACGAUACGAGUGAAUUCGAUGAAGUUGACUUGUCUGGAAAUGUGCCCGUAAAUCAAAACCGCAAUUUCACCGCGCACACAUCUCAACCAAAGCAUUCAUCGUUCUCGACAGUCGUCAAUUCGGGACUAGCUGCCUUCCGAGGUCCACCAGAGCAAACCAAUCGCCCGAGAGAGGAUAGCCUUCUGCAAGAGCUUGAUGAUGACGCUGAAUUUGACGAGGAGGCAUUUGCGAUUGCGCAACGCGAAGAGGAGGCUAGAAAGAUGGUGGAGCAUGUCAGGGAGGUGAAGAGGAAGCUUCGCGAUUGGGAAGGUUGGAGACUUGAUCUUGUAGAUGCACGGAGAAGCGCCGCCGGGACGCUUGGGGCGGGAUUGGGCGAGAUUUUUGAAGUAUGA